AUGGGUCUGGCUUUAUGCGGACAGGUGGCGCAAUUGCUUGAGGAUUACGAAGACGACGAGGACGUCAACCAGCAGCUUGAUCGCAUGGGAUUCAACAUUGGCGUGCGGAUCGUCGAUGAUUUCUUUUCACACACAAAUCAAGACUAUCGCUGUGCAUCAUUCCAAGAAGCAUGCAACGUCAUUGCCAAGGACGGGUUUCGCCGAUACCUUGGCGUGGUGCCCAAUCUGGCCAAGUGGUCACCUGAACGAACCGAAUGCUACUUUAUCCUGGAGGACAACCCGCUAGUCACCUUUACCGAGGUGCCGGAGAACCAUCGUGGCCUCUUGUUUAGCAAUAUUUUGGCCGGUGUCAUUCGCGGUGCUCUUGAGACGAUUUCCUUUCGGUCGGAAGUCAAGUUUACGCAGGAUGCUCUACGAGGUGACCCGACGACGGAAAUUCGUGUGCGUCUGAUUGAGGAGACAAGCGAUGAACCCCUGCCCGAGGAUUAGGAAAGGAAAGGGCCUUAUAGCUCAGCCCUCUUCCCCUCAUGAUGGUGAUGGAAUGGAUGGCUUGAAAGGGGGGAGGGCAGGCAUGUGUGGGUAGAGCGUGUCUUCAAUGAGCUUGUGCUGUUGCGGUGUCUCUUUUGCGUCCGUCCGUGACGUUGGUGCUCUCAACAAGGGUCUUCGCCAUAUCCCGCCCG